UGAAUUGAACAAGCUUAUGAAUAUUCAGGUGGAUAAUGAAGACGAAGAUUCCUCUAAAACUCCUGAGUAUUUCUUACCUGCAGGACUGACUGACGACGAGACAGGUAGUGACUCGGAGGCGUGUGUAGCUCCAGAGUCACGAGAACAGCAGCCAUAUUCUCGUUUCGACAAGCAAAAUCCUAAAGACACCAAUAAAAAUAAUGGAGCUUUCUAUAACGUGAGGUCGGAGCCUUCGCCUGAAGAACUGUCACCAGGUGGCAGUUACUCUUCUUCAACUGGAAGAACGGUUGUAAAUACCCCUGUUACUGGAGGACUUUUUCAUAGGACUCUCUCUAGUUAUCAGUCAGAAGCUUUAAGUCCUCCUUUGUUUUCUUUGGAAGAGGAGUGGAAACACGGUUUUUCCAGUAAUCCUAGUGCUUCUUCGUUUUCUGCUUGUGGACUAAACUAUCCUCAGACUACGGAGGCUUUUACUACAACAUCUCCUUCAGUUGCUGCGGGUUCAACUCAAUCAAGUGUAGGUUUGCAAAGUCAGUCACCUACUCAGUCUUUCUAUGGACCCAACUCAAGGACUGAGCCCCAGUUUUCCUCUGUACCUGUUCAACAGCCUUAUUUUAACUCUAUAAUAUCCUCUUCGUAUUCACCUCCUGUCACUAGACAACCUUCAGAAGCCGUCAUUGGAAGUGCCUUUCUUAUUCCAGAUGAUUCUUCAACUUCCUCGUUUACUUCCUAUGUAGAUGCUUCAGUGUUUCCAUUCCCUGGAGAAAGAGAGCUUUCUUCGAGUCAACAUUCGUCUAGUUGGAAUCGAAGAUCGACUGGUAUGAAAAAAAUGUGUAGGUACUUUCCUAACUGCCCACAUGGAGAUUCUUGCAAAUUUUAUCAUCCGUCCGGAGUUAGUCCCACAUAUGCCAUGACAAGUGAGGUCAAUCUAAGCCAUCCUGGGCGACCUCGCACCGGAAGUUGGGCUGGCUUAUGGUCUUCUAACGCUGCAAUGGAGUGGAUGCAUGCAGUUAUUCAAAGACAUAAUUUCUUUAGUUUUGCUCAUCGUCAUAAGAAUUCUUCCAAUGCUGUUGUUACAAAUGAUUCUAUCGUUUGUGGGGACCGCAUGGAAGAUACAAGUAAGGAACAUCGAUCAACCAUAGGAAGUAUUUUCCAUCCUGGUUUUAUAGUCGGCAAUCGACAUAGAAAUGCAACGAAAAAUGAAGCUACUAGUAAGAAUGCAGAGAAGCAAAUGAAGAAAAACGCAAAGAAAAGUAAAAAGGACAAGGCUUCAACGAGUUCACUUGGAAGAGAAAGCAGCUCAACUUCACAGCCAACCAGUUUAAAUACUAAUCAGUCUUUGUCGUCUUCUGGAAAACAAACAUCUUUUUCGGGAAAUGGUUUUUCAGAAAACUCAAAUACUCGUUCCACUAGUUCUGCUGCUCUAAGUGGAACGACAGAAGAUGGAAGUGAACAGCCUCGCAAGUUAACAAGAGCUGAAAAGAGAAGGUUGAGAGCCAUUCGUUUUUAUGAAAAUAAGAGACGUGUGGCAGAGGAAGCAAAACAGAAGCAAAGACUGAUGGAAGAACAAACCACAGCGGAGUCAAAGACUGAUGAAAAGAUAUAUCAUGCACAAGAAGAUAAAACUAGAGAGACUGUUAGCUCUCAUGAACUCACGGAGAAGGUCUGUUCAAAGAAAGAAACUUUUACGCAAAAUGUAAUUGGUGCAAAUGUCGUACAAAAUCAGGAAUUGGAUUCUAAUUCAGUCUUCAAUAAUAUUGAAGAAGAAGAAACCGACAUUUUCUAUGAUGCUCCUUCAGGUGAUAUGGCCCUUUUGCAAGUUUCUUUAGGUAACAAGGAGAACACCGAGGAUAAUGAAGAGAAAGAAAGUUUUGAACAACAGUUGCCGAAGCCCGAUAUUGCUUCUUAUACUGAUGGAACGAUGGUUUCGAUAGGAGAGAACAACGGAAAGUGUCAGAACAAUGUUUUUGUUUCCGACUCAACUGAAAGUGACGAAGGGAAAUGGCGAGAACCAUUUUCGUCUUUAGAGUUUGCGAAAUCAUCUCACAGUAUUCCGUGUAAAGAACAACUUGUUUAUUGGGAUACAGUAUUUGUUGGGGGUGACUUGCACAGUUCGUUUGCGAGCAAUAGUUUCGUUCAGAAUUUGUUGGUUUCCUCUUGUAGAUUUGAAAGUGGCUCGACCUUGUUAUGUUUCUUCGUUUUGUAUAUGUUUCCGAUUUUUUCAGCCUUACUUACAUAUCUUCUUCCUCGUCCAUUAUCCGUGAACAGCUUAUGGUUCUUGUUAUUGAUGGCUCACUUUUGGAGUUGGCAGCAUGCAGAUAAUCGAUGGAAAAGGAUAUCGACUAACCUCUAUGGAAAGAACUCUUUUGGCAUAUUUGCUAUGUGUCGUUCGUAAUGGAUAUAUAUUGACAAAAGAAGUUUUUCUUGUGUUAUGUAUGCAAUUUAUUUUGUUGGAGUUGAUAGAAAGUGAACCUUUGUGGCUCCAAAUAGUGCAUUUUGUAGUUGCUAUUAGCUAUGUGAAUUAUUUGC